AUGUGGCUCUACCUGGUGGCUCUAGUGGGCCUGUGGACCCUGCUGCGCUUCAUCAGGGAGAGGAAGGUGGUGAGCAAUCUCCAAGACAAGCAUGUCUUCAUCACGGGCUGUGACUCGGGCUUUGGGAACCUGCUGGCCAGACAGCUGGACAGGAGAGGCAUGAGGGUGCUGGCUGCAUGUCUGACGGAGAAGGGAGCCGAGGAGCUGAGGAACAAGACAUCAGACAGGCUGGAGACAGUGAUCCUUGAUGUCACCAAGACAGAGAGUAUUGUGGCAGCCACUCAGUGGGUGAAGGAGCGUGUUGGGAACAGAGGACUCUGGGGCCUGGUCAACAAUGCCGGCAUCUCUGUUCCCUUGGGUCCCAUUGAGUGGAUGAACAAAGAAGACUUUGCAAAGAUACUAGAUGUGAAUCUGUUGGGCAUGAUCGAGGUGACUCUGAGCAUGCUGCCCUUAGUGAGGAAGGCAAGGGGCCGAGUGGUCAACGUCUCCAGUGCCGUGGGUCGAGUAUCUUUCUCUGGUAGUAGUUACAGCAUCUCCAAGUAUGGUGUGGAGGCCUUCUCAGACUCCCUCAGGAGGGAGCUCUCCUAUUUUGGGGUGAAGGUGGCUAUUAUAGAGCCUGGAGCCUUCAAGACUGCUUUGAUCAGUAACGGCGGGAUAUCUUCUAGCAUCAAGACGCUGUGGGACCAGGCCAGCUCAGAGGUCAAAGAGGUCUAUGGAGAGGAGUUUAUGUUAUAUUACCUGCGAACAAUGACGUCAUUGGUGGAAACAUGCUCAGAGGACCUUACUUUGGUGACGGACUGCAUGGAACAUGCAUUGACUUCCUGUCAUCCUCGCACCCGCUACUCAGCCGGCUGGGACGCUAAGCUCUUGUACCUCCCCAUGAGCUACCUGCCCACCUUCCUCUCAGAUGCCUUCUUCUACUGGAGCUCAGCCAAGCCUGCCCAGGCCCUGUGA